AUGGAAAAUGGUCCAAAUGGCCCUCUUGCAGAUGAACAAGUGCCUGAGCACACAAAUAAUGGAGUAGUAGAUCCCAUCAUGGCAAAAUUGCCAGAAGGGAAUAUCAUUAUUAAUCAACAGGAUAAAAUAAAUUCCACUGAAAUUGCCAAAGUGAAUGGAGAUAGCAUUACUGAUAUAAACAAUGAAGAAAAUUCAUUCAGUUCUGAAAGUGAUGCACUAGUAAUAGAUGAAAGUAUUACUAGAAAGAAGAAACUUGAGAGAAAAAAGAAUAACCCGAAAUUAAAAGUUAAUAGUGAAGAGGGUAUAGAAAAUAUUAGUGGUACAGUGACUCAUUCAAACCCAUAUUUUAAUGAAUCUUUGUUUGAAUUAUCGCAGCUCCACCAAAAUAAUCAAGAAACUACUGUAUUAAAUGAAAAUUUAGAAAAUACUUUGGACAAAGUUACAAAAAAAUUAAAGAAAAAGGGAAAACCUAAACAAAAAAUAAGAGAGUACGCACAAUACUUGGGAUUGCAACCAUCUGUUCAAUUCAAGUGCCCAAAAUGUAAUAGAUCAGGCUUCGAAUCAUUAUCAAGCUUACAAGACCAUGUAAUUCAAUGUAAUGAACAAAAUGUGGAAAUAAUUUCAAAAGGUAAUUCAUACUCAGGUUUUAAGUUAACCAGAAAAGUAUUCCUGUGUUCUGCCUGUGGUACUUAUUAUGAAAAUUGGAACUUAUACAUUCAUAUGCUAGAAUUUCAUAAAAGAUUUAUAUGUUUGUAUUGUUUAGGAAUGUUUUCAAUUUUAGAAGAUUUAUGUCAACAUAUUCAAUCUAAACAUAAUCUUGAGCCUGGUUAUAAGAAUACACUUGAUGAAUUUUUUAAUGUUUAUAAUGAACCUUGUUAUAUAGCUUGUUGUGAGUGUAACAAACUUUUUAGUGAACAAGACAAUUUUUUUUACCAUCAUUGUAUUAAUAAAAAUAAGUGCAAAAAAAAUACAAAACAACAAAUUACUCCGGAAAAUCACGUUACUGGUGAGUCGGAACCAUUAGUUGAAAGUAAUACUAAUAUUGAAGAACCAAUAAAUCAAAAUACAAUGGAAAUUAGUGAUAACAUUUUAGAAAACGCCCCCAGUUUACUUGUUAAUGAAAAUCAAGAUACUGCUGUCAUGGAAACUAAUAUGAAUGAAGUAAAUUGUCAAGACACCAAAACUAUUAUCGAAAAUAAUACAGUAUAUGACAGUGUUAAAGAUUCCAAAGAAGAUUUGACAGAAAAUUAUGAAAUUGUUAGAAAUAAUGAUGAUAGUUCUAAUCAUAGUGAUAGUGUAAUGCCUGUAAAUGAACUUGUUAUCAAUGAAGCAGAUAGUGAAAAUAUUACUUCAACACAGGGUAAAAUGAAUGAAGACGAGACCAGAGAUGGCAGGUUUUUUCCAACCCUGGAAGAGACUAUCGAGAAACAAUUUAGUGAUGAAUUUCAAGAUACUAGGAAGGUCCCAAAAUUGUCCCUUAAACUACCUAAACUUGAAUCUUAUGAUGAUGCUGAUGCUGAAGCAGAAGAUAGUGAUGACAGUGACAAAUUAACAAUGGAAAUAGAUCAAAUAGAAAGUGAAUAUGAAAAUGAUAAUGAAAUUGAUACCAGUGCAAUUAAUCCUGAUCAAGAACCAGAAAUCAUUAAACAAGAAGAAGAAUUAGAAGAACCUCCUAAAAAAGAAGCUCAAUUUCAGAUUGCUGGUACAGAUAUUUCAAUUAUUGAAUUACAGCUUGAACAGCCCCUGGAUAAGUUUGAUCCUCAAAGUUUACUUCAAAAAUGUCUUAAAAUGACUAUUCCAACAUGUAUAUAUUGUAAUCAUGCUAGAAAAAUUGCUGUGAAUGGUAGACAGUUGGGAUUACAUUGCAUAGCAGAACAUAGAUUUUCAGCUGUGGUAAACAGUAUAACUGCCGAAGAGUUAAUACCAGAAAAUUUUGUCAAUAGGAUCAAUGAAAGCCUGAAUGAGUUAUCAUCGGUUUUCUUCAAUUUGGAUUCUAGUGUCAGCAAUGAAGCAGUAACAUUUUCGCAUCAAUUUGAAUGUUUUCAGUGUCACUUUAGUACCACUGUACAUAAAGAACUGUAUCUACACAAUCGGAAAUAUCAUUCUAAGAACCUCUUAUUGUGUAUUAUGUGUAAAUCAAACUUUUAUAGUUACAGUGAACUUAUUUGUCACUUGUGUCCUGGUGUAUAUGUUUUAGACUAUGAAUUACAAUUUAGGUGUUGCAUGUGUGUACAUGAUGAUUUGCCUAGUUCUUUUCGUUUGAUGGUGCAUCUUCGGAAAAAGCACAAUGUGUGUGACGUUUGUUUAGAGACCUGUGAUACCCAACACAGAUUGUCAAAUCAUGUUUGGAAACAUAAGUUACAUCAUUUUUGCUAUAGAUGUGGCAUAGCUUAUAGAAACAAACCAGACAUUACAAGACAUCUUUUCUGGAAACAUGGAACUGAAAGUGUAUUGUGCAAGAAGUGUUUACAGAAAAAGUGGCCUCAUGUUUACCACUUUUGCGUUCCCCCAAUUAGUUUUGUUUGUGAUGAGUGUUCGUUAAUGUUUACUAGAGCGGUAUCCCUUAAGGUUCACAAAAGACUUCAUAGUGAUGAAAAGAAGCAUGCUUGCACAUUCGAGGAAUGUGAGGAAAAAUUUAUAUCCAAAAAGUUAUUAGAGAAACAUUACAAGAGGCAUUUGGAGCCAGUAGAGGAGCCUACAAUUGAAGAACCAGAAACGAAAUUCGAAGAAGUCAAAAAGGAGAGAGAAGAAAAUGAUCCAGAACCAGUUAAACAAGAAGAAAAAGUCGAAGAAAAACCUAAACAAAAAAUAGAUGUGUUAGAAGAUUUACCUGCACUCAACCUUUCAGAAAGUGAUAGUAGUAGUGAAUCGGAAACUGAAGAAACUAAGAAACUUAAAGAUGGAUCAGAAAAAUCAAAAGAUUCUUGUUUAAAUCCAGAAACCGAAUUAGAACGUCCAGGAGACUUACCACCUAUGGAUAUACUUCAAGAACUUAAAUCAGCUGGUGAAGUGCCCGGUGAAGAUGGUACCAAUGCAGUCAUGCAAAACAUCUGGGAUAAUUUCAAGACUUAUCAAGAACAACAGCAGAAGUUGGAUAACAUGUUUGUUGACCAAGACAGACCAGAUGGUUCAAAUAUGCAAGUACCACAAGUCGAGGAAGAGCCCAAUGUAAAUGUAAUUUUACAAGAUCAUGAUUAUUGUGUAAAUCCUGAACAAAAGGCUAUAGAUACAACUUUGGUUGAGGUUAAACCAGCUCUUCAGGAAAGUGUCGAUCACGAUUACUGUUUCUCAAAACCAAAAGAUGAAGAAGAAGAGAAACCAUCUACUGAAUUACCCGCAGACAUCGUAAAGAAUAAUAAAAAGGAAGAAAAGAAAGUUCGUACCUCGUCUAGUAGCAGUAGUGAUUCAAACUCAUCGAGUUGUUCGUGUGGUUCCAAUUGCAGUUGUAGUUCAAGCUCAGGUAGUUCAAGUUCUUCAUCAAGUUCGAGUUCAGAUAGUUCAUCAGAAGAGGGAAAAAAGAGACAACUGGCCAAAAAACAAAAGCGGAAGGAAAGAGCAAAAAAAAUAAAAGAAGCUCAAGAAAAGAAAAACAAAGUUGAUGUGGUGACAACAGCAGAUCCAGUUGUUAUUGAAACACCAAUAAGAGAAUCUGAUCUCGAAACAACGGAAAGUGAAACCGACGAAGAAUUUUACGACGAAGCGCCCCAAAAACUGGCGAAAAAAAUCCUCGAGGAGAAACGUCAACAGUUGUUAGAACUUAUGGGACCGAACAGUAUACCAAAUGGGACUUUUAUUGAAAGUACUAGUAGACCGCCGACUCCGCCUGUGGAAGUAGAGCAGCCGGAGGAAAGGAAAAAGAAAAAAUCAAAAUCCAAGAAGAAGAAGAAAAAGAAAAGCGAAAGGAAAACAUUGGAUGUUAGAGAGCCAGAAGUAAAUAACAUUAUUACUCCUGAUAUUCCAAUUCCUCCAUAUUAUCAGCAGUUCCAUCAACAGCAACAAAUUCAGCCUCAAUCUGUUGCACCUAUUACAUUGACAAUUUCUAGGAAUAGUCCAAUAUCUAGUCCUGCAUCAAUUUCUGCACCACUUGUAACUUCGGCUUAUCAUAAAGUACAAACUGAACCUACAUUCAGUAGACAGGAUUCCAUAGAAUCCAAUUUGAGGGCGUCAAAACGUAGGAGGGUGCCAAAUAAAUUUUAUGGGUACUCAAGUGACGAAGAUCAGGACCGACCUGGUCCCAAAUGGAAGAAAACAGAGGCUCCUCAGCCUCCUCGCUCUCCUCAAGUAGUUCCACCGAUAACUAUAAAAACACAGCCACCUCCAACUCCUCCACCACCAGUGCAGCCCCCCAUUGAACCGAUUUCGAUUAGAACAGGAACCCAUCUCAGUGACUUCAGGGUGGCGCGACGAAGACCCAAACCUUCCAUACCGCCGAUAAGAUUGUUGAGUCGAGGACCAGGAGAUGGCGAUAGUGCUAGUGAUUCAAAUGAUUCUAGCUCUGAGGAACCUUCCAUAACACCAAAACAUGCUCAGCCGCAGCUGUAUUGUUACUGUCAAUGCCCUUAUGAUGAGGUUUCAGAGAUGAUAGGCUGCGAUGCGUCAGAUUGUGCCAUCGAGUGGUUUCAUUUUGAAUGCGUAGGUAUUAUGGUGCCACCUAAAGGGCAGUGGUUCUGCCCUGAUUGCAGAAAGAAAAAAGCUAGGCGAGAAAUAAUACAGAGCAUGAAGAGUCAAAGUUUAAAUGGCUAA